UAGGAAUGGAGAUAAGCACCACCCCCUACAGUCAGAAACGUGACAAUCAUGCCAAAGGGGAAACCUUUACUUUUGCCUUUAGCAAGAUCUAGUUCCAAACAGGGACUCCAGAUGUUUAUGACUUCUGUGACCCAUGGACCCCCAUCAUUGGCCAUAUUAGUCGUGAUUGAUGGGAAGCCACAUGCAUUACUGAGCAGGCACUAGGAUAGGGAGGGCUGCUAUGAAAUGUUAACAUGGUACCAACAGACUGUUGUAAUGUGUACAAUACUUGGAAGAAAUCAAUGCACAGAUCAUAUGAAUUGCACUUAAGGGUUUCAUUUGUACAUUCAUUCACUGACAUGCCACAUUUCAGAGCAAGCAAUUCAUUUAAAAAAAAAAAGAAAGAAAGUGUUAAUGGAGUCCAUUAUUUAACAGGUGGUAAAUUUUCACCAGUUCUCCCCACUUUCAUGCUUCUCAGAACCACCUACAACUCUUUUGGAGGCUUCCCCCUCAAGGGGGAAACAGGGAAAAUUGACUCUCCAUUUUCUCUGGCAGGUGCAAGCUAUGACAGCAAAAUUAUACUUAAGAGUAGUUCAAACCCAUAUUAACUAAAGCAGCUAAAAAUAAAACCAUUAGUUGAAAUACAGGGUCCUAAUUCAUAGUAGUUUCUGGCAAAUUGACUGUGCACCUUAGAAUGCAUCCCACAUUCCUCUGUAGCUGCAUAUUUCAGCAGAAGACUAUCAGAAGACUAGCAGUAGGAAAGGGAUGGAUGUCCAGCAUAGCUGAUAAUUUCUAAGGAACUCUGGGGUUGUUCUCAACAGAAUGUGAAAACCUAUCCAACACUAGAGGCUGUGGUACAAUUAGGUAAAUUGAGUAUCUGGACUUAAUGAACAUGCACUGUUUAGAUGGAAAUAUGCAUUAUUUCACUUACUUCAAAAUGUGCUAAGCUACAUUUUCCUGAUUCUCGUGAGUGGGACUCUGGCGUUCUUCCCCAAAGUUUUGCCUGAAUAGUAUCACUGUGCCUACGCUCCCUCCAAGGUGCUUGGAAUAUGUUUGGAGCAAAAUGGCUGUGACUCACCCAGUCAGAUUUACAGUAACUGAAGAACGGAGCCUGGAAAGACAUUGUGGCGAACUGCUAUCUUAAUCACAUACCGUCUGUUUUGAUGUGUCACAUCUGCAAAUACAUAUGGGAAGCCACUGCUGACUAGGCUGCAGAAAAACGGAUCCUUUCUAUACCUUAAACAAGGCAGUUUGGUUUUAAAAAUGUGUAUCCUGUGACUGACUGUCUUGUGGUUGCUGUUGGGUGUUAACUUCCUUUUAGUUUUGCAAGGUUCCUGUUCAAAAUGAGGAUGUCAGUAUGAGCCAUUUUGAGCGCACAGCCAUGCAAGGAUUGUAAUUCUUCCAUCAGAAUAUUAUCUUCAACGAAGGAAGGAUACACGAUUCACACAGGAAGGGAGGUACAGUUCAUCUGCCUGCCUUUUCAACCUGUCUUUUCAACUCAGAUGGUGCUGUCUUAUCUGAGUAAGAUUACAUCGUAUCAAGGCUGGAAGAUUUCUUAACUAUAAGAUGCAAACCAAACAGAUGGGAUGAAGGAUGCUACUCAAGAAAAAGCUGUGGGUCAUCUUAGUGCUGUGUCUUUCAGCUUUGCUGUGGAAGAUGUACAUAUGUAUAUACAUGAACCCUUGGCCUCCUUCAGAAAGCUCUGCACAAUGGUCAUCCAUUGAUUCCUUUCUAAAGCAAAGAAUGUGCAACUGUAACAGGUGCAUCAACAAUACCCAUCAGGACUGGUUUUGUGAUCACUAUGAUGCCUCAGUAAACUGCAUGCUAACUCGUGAAACCCAAGAGAUCCCCCCAGAGGUUCUGUUUUGGUGGCUGAAGCUGCAAAGAUCACAGGAUGGAAACCAAGUACAGAAGAUAAUAAAACACCUGUUCGAGAUCUGUCCAUCUCCCAGUGCUAAAAUCCAGGACAUUGCCCAGUGUGGAACAUGUGCUGUGGUGGGGAAUUCUGGGAGGCUGAGAGGUUCUAAAUUCGGGGAAAAGAUUGACUCUCACCAUUUCGUGCUGAGGAUCAAUACGGCACCAACUGCUGGCUUUGAGGAGGAUGUUGGUACAAGAACCACCCACCAUUUCAUGUACCCAGAGAGUGCUAUGAACCUUCAUUCUGGUGUCCAUCUUGUGCUAGUCCCCUUCAAACCUCUGGAUCUCAAAUGGCUAGCCAGUGCCUUUUCCUCAGGAGAAAUACAGCACACAUACAGAAGAGUCAAACAAUUCAUUCAAGCAGAUAAAAACAAGGUACUAAUAAUAAACCCUGCCUUCCUGAAAUAUAUCCAGGAUAAGUGGACUAAGCAUCAUGGAAGGUAUCCAUCCACUGGAUUCACUGCCCUCAUUUUUGCCAUCCAUACUUGUACACAGGUCUCUGUGUUUGGUUUUGGUGCAGACAGUGAUGGGAAUUGGCACCACUACUGGGAAAAGAACCAUUAUGCUGGAGCAUUCCGUAAGACUGGAGUGCAUGAUGCCAAUUUUGAACUUGGACUCAUUGAACGACUUGCAACUGAGGGCAAAGUAUUAUUUUACAAAUAGCUUGCUUCAGUGCCUUGCAGUCUCUGUGUUCCAUGCAGGGGCAUUUUUUUUUAGGAGGAGUGAAUUGUACACACUACAUUGGAUUAAACUGCAACAGAGGGUGAAUCUUAUUGUAUCUAAUAAAUAUGGUAAUUAGGAACGUA